UGUGUACAAGUCAAGGACCGGCUUUAUUCAUAAGUCACAAUUUUGUGCUCAUGUCUGGAAUAAUAAAUACACAAUGUUAAACAUGAUAAACUAUCGGGAUUUUUUAAACAUUUUUAUUUGUCUUGCUUCUCUCUUACUGAGUCUUGGGAGUACUAAAAGGACUAGAAUACCGGAUGAAUUUCAAUUUGCUGCAACCCCUGCUCCGACUUUUGGUAGUUCUAUACAACCUGUUGAAUGCAAGAAAUUAAGAAACCUGACUAAUUUCAGUGAAAAUACAAGAAGCGUUUUCUUAAAUUAUGAAUUCCUCAGAAUAAUUCAUGAUGAUGAUACAACGAUGGACUUGUUGAAAUUAUCAGAUGGGUUGUGUUACCAAGAUCCUGGAGGAAUAUUUUCUUCGAAAAGUUUACAACUAGAGUGCAACAAGUUGACAAAAAAGUCACUGUUUUCUUUUGAUUACUUCCAAACAGUGCGAUCUAUCUCCUGUGAUUUUUACGAGUUAGAUUGUAGCGGAAUACCUUUUGCUGCGGAUCUCUGUGUUCCUUGUAAAUCAAACUGUCCUUCCAAUGUCACUUGUCUAGUUCUGACCGGAAGUUGUUUAACUAUGUACAUGCAUUUGAAAGACACCAACGAUACAAGCGACGAAGAACUAGAUUUGCAUUGUCCCAGUGGAUUCAAGGGUAGAAACUGCAGUAAGACUUGUGAGCUUGGGACUUACGGAGACGUUUGUGAUUCCCGAUGUAGUACUCACUGUGUGGACGGUAACUGUCACCACGUGAAUGGCACGUGCAUCAAGGGAUGUAAACCCGGAUGGAAGGGAGAUAAAUGCGACUCCCCAGAUUGUCCCAAAGGCACUUAUGGUGAGGAUUGCACUAAAACGUGUAGCCCAAACUGUAUGUACCGUUGUUCCUCAAAAGACGGGAUUUGCUACUGUGACAGGGGGUUCAAGAGUGUGAAGUAUGAGGGAGUUUUAUGUGACAAACCUUGUGAUCCAGGGACCUAUGGCGAAGGGUGUUCACGGAACUGUGGGAAAUGUCGCCAAGGAACCACGUGCUUCCCUAACAACGGUACUUGCCCAGAUGGAUGCGAUUUACCCGGAUACCGCUUUGAAAACUCAGAUUGUAGUUCAUUUACUUUUAAUCCAGGCACACUGUGGGUAUAUAAAUGUAGAAGUACAAAAUAUGGGAUAAACUGUGAAAAGAACUGCAGUGAAAACUGUCUCAGGAAAAGAUGCAGGAAUACAGACGGCAUGUGCCUGAGAUGUUCACCUGGAUAUCAAGGCUUCAAUUGCACCUCAGAAUGUAGUCCUGGGACAUAUGGAAAAAACUGCAACAGUAGAUGUCAUUGUAAGGAUGGGGCUUCUUGUAACAAUGUUAACGGACGUUGUCCGGGGGAUUGUGAACCCGGCUAUGAAGGAGAAAGCUGUGAUCAUAAAGUCUGUGAACCCGGAUUAUAUGGAUGGGAUUGUGAUAAGUGGUGUUUCUGCAAAGACAACGAACCUUGUGACUGGGAGACCGGAAACUGCCCAGGCGCAUGUCAAAAAGGAUGGCGUUGGUCGCAGUGUAACUAUAGAGAUGUCUGCUUAUAUCCAGAAUAUGAUGAAGAAAAAGAAGGUUCAGUCACUUGGGAACCAAAAAGCCUUGGGAUCGGGAUUGCUUUGGGAUUUGGCGCCACUCUUUUCGUAACGGGAUGUGGUUACAUGCGUUACAGUUUAUCUAAGUGAUAUUAAAUCAAAAUAUUUUUUCGUUUUUAUAAGAGAUCCUUUAGUUUUUCAAAGUUAAUAUUUCUUUUUAAAGGCAGAUUUAGGAUAAAAGUAUAUUCAUGAGUUCAUUCUGACUUAUCGAUACCUUGCUUCCAUACUAGAUGCACCAGGGCUUCAGGAAAGUUCUUUUUCUCGCUGUACAAAGUAAAUUUUACAAACAUGUCGAAAAAUUACUUUAUGUCAGGAAUUUAUAUUUUUUAAGAUUUCCUUGAAAUAAGUACAUGAUAACUUAUUGAUCAUGUUUGCAUAACAGUUUCUGCAUAACUUUGAUUUUACGUGCUGCUUUAUUGUGUUUAAUGUUACAGUAUUUUCCCUGUUUCUGCUACAUAUUCGUGACAAUCUAAAGGACAUUUUGUGAUAGAAAAAUUAUAUCGCAAAGUUCUUAUUUUCAAUGUUUAAAAUUAUUUUAAAAUAGUGCUAAAAUGUAUCCUUUUGUUUAAGAAUGAAAUCAUUUCGCGUAUAAGAAUCGGAUGGAAAAUUUGAAUGCUUUUUUGGAUGCAAUUGAAUUUCAUUGCUACAUUAAUGUGAUUGCUUGGAUCCAAAGCAUCCAAGAAUCUGUUUUAAAAGUAGCAUACAUGAACAUAUUUUUAUAUUGUUUAUAUAUUGAGUGUAACAAAGUUUUUUAAAAUUAUAAAAAUGCUAGUCAUUUGUAUAUUUUUAUGUUUUUUAAUAUUUUGCCUAAUAAAAAUUUAUGGUUCACCAAAUGAAUACCUACACUGUAUAGUGUUAAUGAAAACUGAAUAAAUCUUUAAAGUGUUAAUUAAUGCGAAUACAUGUACAUGUUCUAUGAUUGUUUAUUAUUGUAUGAUUGCAUAAAUCAUAUUUUUUUUUAUGCAAUGGCAGACUCCCAUUGGAUUUUUUUUU